ACUGUAACAGUUUGCAAACGGAGGGGAGUUGUGAAGGGCCUUGGGUUAGGGUCGUGCUGUUGGCCGUGUGGAUACGUACGCGCCGCGUUGAUCCUGGAGCGAGGGACACAGGAGCUGAAGGCCAGAGGGAGCGGGGGUGAGGAUGGAGCAGCAACCGGGCCGUGGCUCCUAGGGGAAGCAGCGUGCUAGCUUCGGGGGCGGGCCGGUAGCGGGAGUGAGGGCCGUACAGAUACCGGUGCCUGCGGCCCUGCAGUUCCGUCGCUGGGCUGGCCCCUCGCUCUCGGGGUGGGCCGAAUCCAUUUCCGGGAGUGGGAUCUUCUACCUUCGUCAGGUUCACGAUGGCAGCCACAGUAAGAAGGCAGAGGCCAAGGAGGCUAGCCUGCUGGGCCUUGGUGGCUGUCCUCUUGGCGGACCUGUUGGCACUGAGCGACACAUUGGCUGUGAUGUCUGUGGACCUGGGCAGUGAAUCCAUGAAGGUGGCCAUUGUCAAGCCUGGAGUGCCCAUGGAGAUUGUAUUGAACAAGGAAUCUCGGAGGAAAACUCCAGUGACUGUGACCUUGAAAGAAAAUGAAAGGUUUUUAGGUGACAGUGCAGCAGGCAUGGCCAUCAAGAACCCAAAGGCUACGCUCCGUUAUUUUCAGCACCUCUUAGGAAAGCAGGCAGAUAACCCUCAUGUGGCCCUUUAUCGGGACCGUUUCCCAGAACAUGAGCUAAACAUUGACCCACAGAGGCAGACUGUGCGCUUCCAGAUCAGUCCGGAGCUGCAGUUCUCCCCUGAGGAGGUGCUGGGCAUGGUUCUCAACUACUCCCGGUCCUUGGCUGAAGAUUUUGCAGAACAACCCAUUAAGGAUGCAGUGAUCACCGUGCCAGCCUUUUUCAACCAGGCCGAGCGCCGAGCCGUGCUGCAGGCUGCUCGAAUGGCUGGCCUCAAAGUGCUGCAGCUCAUCAAUGACAACACUGCCACUGCCCUCAGCUAUGGUGUCUUCCGCCGGAAAGAUAUCAAUUCCACUGCACAGAAUGUCAUGUUCUAUGACAUGGGCUCAGGCAGCACCGUGUGCACCAUUGUCACCUACCAAACAGUCAAGACUAAGGAGGCUGGGAUGCAACCACAGCUGCAGAUACGGGGUGUGGGGUUUGAUCGCACUCUGGGUGGCUUAGAGAUGGAGCUUCGGCUGCGAGAACACCUGGCUAGGCUCUUCAAUGAGCAACGCAAGGGCCAGAAAGCCAAGGAUGUUCGGGAAAACCCACGUGCCAUGGCCAAACUGCUUCGGGAAGCCAAUCGUCUUAAAACCGUCUUGAGUGCCAAUGCAGACCACAUGGCACAGAUUGAGGGCUUAAUGGAUGACGUGGACUUCAAGGCAAAAGUAACUCGAGUGGAGUUCGAGGAGUUGUGUGCAGACUUGUUUGAAAGAGUGCCUGGGCCUGUGCAGCAGGCCCUCCAGAGUGCCGAGAUGAGCUUGGAUGAAAUUGAGCAAGUGAUCUUGGUAGGUGGGGCCACUCGUGUUCCCAAAGUUCAAGAGGUCCUGCUGAAGGCUGUGGGCAAGGAGGAACUAGGAAAGAAUAUUAAUGCAGAUGAAGCAGCCGCCAUGGGGGCUGUGUACCAGGCGGCGGCACUCAGCAAAGCCUUCAAGGUGAAGCCGUUCGUUGUGCGUGAUGCUGUCAUCUACCCCAUCCUGGUGGAGUUCACAAGGGAGGUGGAGGAGGAGCCUGGGGUUCGAAGCCUGAAGCACAAUAAACGUGUGCUCUUCUCCCGGAUGGGGCCCUACCCUCAGCGCAAAGUUAUCACCUUUAACCGCUACAGCCACGAUUUCAACUUUCACAUCAACUACGGUGACCUGGGCUUCCUGGGGCCUGAGGAUCUUCGGGUAUUUGGCUCUCAGAAUCUGACCACAGUGAAGCUAAAAGGUGUGGGAGAGAGCUUCAAGAAAUAUCCCGACUAUGAGUCCAAAGGCAUCAAGGCCCACUUUAACCUGGAUGAGAGUGGGGUGCUCAGUUUAGACAGGGUGGAGUCUGUAUUUGAGACCUUGGUGGAGGAAAACCCAGAGGAAGAAUCUACUCUUACCAAACUUGGCAACACCAUUUCCAGCCUGUUUGGAGGUGGUACCUCAUCAGAUGCCAAAGAGAAUGGUACUGAUGCUGUACAGGAGGAAGAGGAGAGCCCUACUGAGGGAAGCAAGGAAGAACCUGGAGAGCAGACGGAGCUUAAGGAGGAAACUGAAGCCCCUGCGGAAGACACCUCUCAGCCUCCACCCCCUGAGUCCAAGGGUGCUGCAGCCCCUGAGGGAGAAAAGCCUGAUGACAAAGGAAGUAGCGACAAGUCUGAGGCCCAGAAGCCUGAAGAGAAAGGACAGUCAGGGCCUGAGGGUGUCCCUCCAGCUCCUGAAGAAGAAAAAAAGCAGAAACCUGCCCGGAAGCAGAAAAUGGUGGAGGAGAUAGGUGUGGAGCUGGCUGUCUUGGACCUGCCAGACUUGCCAGAGGAUGAGCUGGCCCGUUCAGUGCAGAAACUUGAGGACUUGACCCUCCGAGACCUAGCAAAGCAGGAAAGGGAGAAAGCUGCCAACAGCUUGGAAGCUUUUAUCUUUGAGACCCAGGACAAGCUCUACCAACCUGAGUACCAGGAAGUGUCCACUGAGGAGCAGCGGGAGGAGAUCUCUGGGAAACUCAGCGCUGCUUCUGUCUGGCUGGAGGAUGAGGGAUUUGGAGCCACCACUGUGAUGUUGAAGGAGAAGCUGACUGAGCUGAGAAAGCUGUGCCAGGGGUUGUUUUUUCGGGUGGAAGAGCGCAGGAAAUGGCCGGAGCGGCUCUCAGCUUUGGACAAUCUCCUGAACCACUCUAGCAUCUUCCUCAAGGGUGCCCGACUUCUCCCAGAGAUGGACCAGAUCUUCACUGAGGUGGAGAUGACAACCUUAGAGAAAGUCAUCAAUGACACCUGGGCCUGGAAGAAUGCAACUCUGGCCGAGCAGGCCAAGCUUCCUGCCACAGAGAAGCCUGUGCUGCUUUCAAAAGACAUUGAGGCCAAGAUGAUGGCCCUGGACCGUGAGGUGCAGUAUCUGCUCAAUAAGGCCAAGUUUACCAAACCCCGGCCACGGCCCAAGGACAAGAAUGGCACACGGACAGAACCUCCCCUCAAUGCCAGUGCUGGUGACCAGGGGGAGAAGGUCAUUCCACCUGCAGGUCAAACUGAAGAGGCAAAACCCAUUUUAGAACCUGACAAAGAAGAGACUGCUGCGGAGCCAGCAGACUCUGAGCCUCUGGAAUUAGGAGGUCCUGGAGCAGAAUCUGAACAGAAAGAGCAGACAGCAGGACAGAAGCGGCCUAUGAAGAAUGACGAACUAUAACCCCACCUCCUGUCUCCCCACUUGCCUCCAGCUCUUUCUCCUACCACCUCUAUUUAUUAAACAUCAGGGUUGGGGCCGGGUUUGCUCCUGCUGUUAGGGGCUCCAGUUCCUUCUCUUAGCUGGGACAGGAGGUGGCUGCUUAGCAGUCCUUCUGGAAUAGCGCCAUGGCUGAAACCGGAUCUAGCUCUGUCCCCAGCUCCACCCUCUGGUCUCCUACUCUUUGGCCCUGUGUUUGGGAAAAAUCACUAUUAUGUCUUAAUUAUUUGCCUGUGGGUAAGUGAGCUAGAUAAUGACUGCCCGUAGUUGUUGGAGACCUGGUAGUGGGAAGGAUGUUUUGGGACACUAAAGAAUGCCCAGUCUUCUCUGAGCAUCCUUUCAUCCUCUCCCGUUCCACAAAAUCAGUGUCCUGUCUGGGCCAGUGUCUGCAGAGCCUCAAUCACCACCUCUGGUUUCCGAGUGCCUCUUUUCUUUCCUGUGUCUUCUCUCUCCCUUGCCCUUCCUCUUGCCCUUGGCUCUUUCUGUCCUUGCCUUCCCAGUACAGAUUGGGCUAUAGUCUUCUAGCACGAAGCUUUUAGUCAUCAGGACUCUGUAACUAUAUUCUCUGGUUCCUGCGACCCCUGGUGGCCAGAGCAAACAGGGAGCAAGUAAGGGAAUCCCCUGCCCAGGGAAAGGAGAGAGAAUGUAAAAGCCCUGUCACCCCUUGGUUGGGCCCAGGAAGUAUGUAGCACGGUUGGCAAGGAUGCAAGUAUCCUGCAGGCACUUGCAAUCCUUAUCCCCAUCCUUAUCCCCAGUUCCUGUGACACCUACCCCUUCUCUCAUGUUCUUUCCCUCUUUCUCCUGGGCUGACCAAAAGACGUGCUAUCUACUGUGAGCCCCUUUCCCGAGACUGAGGGACAGAGUGACCAUGGUGUGAAUGUAAAAAUGCCACCUCACUCUCAGGCAGGCUUUGUGGGUAAAGAAGUGGAGUCAGGGCUCAGCUUCCCAGUGUACUUUGCUAGGAGGGAACGCCCCUUACCCCUAUGCCCAUGUCUAGAGUGCCUGUCCUCCAGUAUUGCACCUGUAGCAGGAGCUGGGACUUCUCCACCCUGGGGCAAAGCAAACCUGGUAUGUCAGUCAUUUUGUCUUUUCUCUCCUGCCCUAACAACUCCCCCUCCUUUUUUUUUUUUUUGCCACAUUGGCAGAGGGACCUAAAGGUCCUACACAGUCCCCCUUCCUGUAUGUUUGAGUUCUUUCAUUAGUAGUUCAGGCUGGUUGGACAGGUUUGAAUCGAAUUGUACUUUGUUCCAUUGUUAAUUGAGAAACUGUUUCAAUAAAAUAUUCUUUUCUAUA